AUGAAGAAGUAUGGAAUCAGAAGAGCUGACCAGGGAGAAGGGAAAUUUGAGUCGUUGAAAAGCUUUCUCUGGACAGUGGUGCUGCUGCUUAUCCUGAUGUACUGCGUGGCGGUCUACUUCACGGAAUUGGCCUUCGACUUGCAGCACAAGCAUCCGGACAGAGACUUCUCGUCGGUUCGACAGAGCUGGGGAUCCAUCGGCAGUUCGAUCCUGUCCCUCUUCCAGGCCAUCACAGGAGGAGAUGACUGGCAGAAUUUCAUCCUCGUGUUUCGGGAUGUAUCUGGGGAAAGCAGCCUGGUGAAUACCUUGGUCUUCUCCUUGUUCAUCGCCUUUGCCACUCUGGCUCCUGCCUCAGCAUGCAAACCAACAACGCACCCAGAGAAAAUGAUAGUCAUAAUAGUAACUAGUACUUGGGUUAAGAUUUCAGUGAUCCAGAAUACGGCAAGUCGACAUGAGUGA